GAUGAAUUUUAUGACAAACAGGUAUAUACUUCGGUCUGAAACUAGGAAUAUGUUGCGAUUAAAUGGUUCUAUUAUAUGGGUUCUUGCAGUUUUGAUGCAGGGGGGUUUAAUAACAGCUGCUACAUUUGCUCCAACGAAAAAUUCUAACUUAUCAUGUGACACGGAAUAUGCUUAUUAUCCUGAUCCAAACGAUUGCAGCGCAUUUUAUCAAUGUAUAGGUGGCAUGAAACAACACAUGGAGUGCGUUUUUCCACUCCUCUGGGAUAACCAUGUACAAGGAUGUGAAGAAGAGUCAGACUGUUCACAAGUAAUUUCAACAACUACCGGCGAACUAACUUCAACACAAGUAAUUUCAACAACUUCCGUCGACCAAACUUCAACCCAAGUAAUUUCAACAACUUCCAGCCAAUUUGCUUCAACUCAAGUGGUUUCAACAAAUUCUCCAACGGCAAUAUGUAAAGAUGGUGACGUAAGAAGUGACAUCCAGAGUUGCCAAAUGUUUUAUUGUUGUGAAAAUAACCAAUGGUCUGGUCCAAAGAAAUGUCCUUCUAGCCUAUACUGGAGUGAAAAUAGAAAAGGCUGUGUUAAAUAUUCCGAAUCAGACUGUACACUGACUACAACAAAGAACAAAAUGUAUUACUCAAAUAGCUGACGAGGCAACUGAGCCAGAUGAACAGAUCAGGAUUAUACAUACUUUGCAGCUUAUUUUUGUUUGAACAUUAAACUUUAAUUUAAAUAUUAAUUGUUAAUUAAAACCGUUUUUAUGAUCUAAUGAUGAACUAUGUUUUUGCAUUCUGGUUGUAAAAUAUUUUAUAUUAAAUAAAUUAAAUAAAAAACAAUGUAGA